AUGGGAGUUAUCGAAUUUCUCUGUGACAGCCGGUUCCACCGCACCUUCGUUCUUCCACCGAAUCCUAAUAACGACAGGCUCAAGUCCUAUCGGACCUCUUAUGCCGACUUUGGCGAUGUUGAAAGUAACGCAGUGAUCCUGUUCUGUGGAGCGCUCAUGGGCACACGGUUCUGCUACUCACCUCUCGACCAACUUGCCAAAGCAUACAACGUCCGCAUUCUACAUCCAGAUCGGCCAGGAAUAGGCGAAAUGGUCCCUCAACUACUAAAACACCUCAAAGUCUCUCACGUGUCACUCGCAAGCCAUAGCGGAGGUGACAUCUACCUCAUCAACACAGUCCUCACGUACCCGAAUCUGCUACAUCCUAUCAAUCCUUACCUAUGCUUCUUUGCCCCCUGGGUCCAUCCUGCACACUCAAAGCUCACACAUCUUCGCGCGACUGAACUAUUGCCUGCACCCAUGAUUGGAAAGUUUGCCUCAGUAGCCAGGUUCAUUAGCGAGAAUGUUGUUCCGUUGGUAGGGACCGGCGAAGGGUUUUUGCACAAUGUCAAAGACACAUUGCGUCGAUCGAGUCAUACUCCGGCUCCCGUCCCUCUGGCAGCCAUGACGACGCGUACGCGUACGCCAUCGAGAUCAUCACAGAGACCGUCACUCAACCUAAACGAUCCCCAUGUGGUGGAUGAGCUGAGGAGGCAGAUUACGAGCUUCGUCUUCGCCGAGUCUUCAGAGGGCAUAUCGGCAGAUGCACGAUUGUUCAUGAAGAAACCUCGAUCCGUCGCUUGGUGCUCACCAAGCCUUCUUUGGGACGAUAUAGACUACGCAGUUCUUCUGCUUUCGAAGAUCAUCAGCGAGGACGAUCGGCUGAUUGGCAGCAGUAGAGUGUGCAUGAUUGACACUUUUCAUGCGCAAGAGGACAGCAUGGUCGGCGAAAAGGGGAAGCAGUGGUUCGACGCAUGCUGGGCUGCUACUCCUGGAGAUAGAAACACCGCCCGCAUACCAGUACCGGUAACGAUUACACAAGGAGCUAGUGCCAUAUCAUCCAAAAGCUACACAUACAGGAGCAUGACGGUUCCAGGCACGGAACACAACCUACUCAUGGACCCAUCCUUCGGUGCUAGCGAGCUAUGGCUACAGAGAGUCCGAGAAGCAUUCCCUAUAUUGACGAAUGUUGAUGCCGGAGAGGACGCAACGUCGAUUUCCGCCACGGGCUCAGAAGGCGAAGACAAGAGGAGAAGAUUCCGAUUCUUCAUAGGUCGAUUGGCGCAUGUAACGCGUGGUGUGACAGCGCAAGGCCCUCCUCUUCCGCGAUCAGGUCUUUCUCAGAGCUCCCUCCUAUAUGUGAGUUAUGAAGGCUUGUGCCUGGGACUGCCGGAAAUAUGCCAAGAAUAUCUCGGAAAUAAUGUUCGAGUCAACAGACUUGAAGCCGAAACGCCGACUGACGUCUUCCACGAUUUACCCCACGCGACGGGAUCUACCGGUACAACACAGUCCCAAGCGUCCAACAUGGCCGAUGAAAUGCAAAUCAGCCCUCAACGCGCAAAACAACUCGCAGAGAACAUUGCGGGCAUAUCCUCACGCAUCGAUGCCGUGAGCAAAGGCGGCAAGCAAGUCCGCCUCAUCGCCGUAUCCAAGCUCAAGCCCGCAAACGAUAUCCUCGCGCUCCACCAGCCCCCCAAUCCCAUACAAACCCACUUUGGCGAAAACUACGUCCAAGAACUCCUCGAAAAGGCCAAACUCCUACCCCGCUCCAUCCAAUGGCACAUGAUCGGCGGCCUCCAAUCCAACAAAUGCAAGGCCCUCGCCGAGCAAAUCCCCAACCUCUGGUGCGUCAGCAGCGUCGACACGGAGAAGAAAGCCAACGAGCUUGAAAAAGGGCGCAAAGCCCUGCUAGACCACGACCCGAGCGCACCCAAACUCCGCAUCAAAAUCCAAGUCAACACCUCUGGCGAAGCCUCCAAGUCCGGCGUCGAACCCGCUCACACACUCGCCCUCUGCACACACGUCCUCGAGCACUGUCCCCAUCUCCAGCUCUCGGGCCUCAUGACGAUUGGUGCUAUCGCGCGCAGCAAGGCCACCACGCCUGAGACGGAAAAUGAGGAUUUCGUUGCGCUGAGGGAGACGCGGAAUCGGGUGGCAGAGGCGCUGGGGUGGGAGCAGGACAGGCUGGAGUUGAGUAUGGGUAUGAGUGCGGAUUUUGAGGGCGCGAUUCGGCAUGGGAGUGAUGAGGUGCGUGUUGGGAGUCAGAUUUUUGGCGAGAGGCCGCCCAAGAAGGAUGCCGUUGUUCAGGAGCAGGGUGGGGGGGAGAAGAGUUAG